AUGUGCCCCUCUGCUCUGCGGCUCGUGUGUGUUAGCUUGCUGUUCGGCACCUCUCUGAGCUGCUAUCAGUGCUUCGCUGAUGUGCAGGAGAGUCUUCGUCUCUGCUGGGGUCACAUUCUGACAGAGUACAACAUUAGAAACAUUGACGCCUGCUUCAGGAAGCUGGACCGUAUAUUCAACAACAAUGAGAGGGUGUUGGAGGCUGGCAGAGUCGGUAAAGGUUAUGACAAACGGCUGAAGGAACUUUUGGAUGCAGAGAUUCUGCCCAUGGUUGAGGAAUUCGACCUCAAGCUGAACGACGACACAGUGUAUGAGAAAAGGUUUCAGACAGCGGCAGACAAUUUCAUCGCAGCUGCCUCCAAACUGCCUAGAGUCUCUGGAUGUUUCCCUCCAUGUGGUUUCCAGAGUGAAGGUGCAGUGUACAACUGUGUUACCUGCCAGUAUGACUCCUGUGAAUUCCCUCUCGACUGUCCUGUUAAAGAAAUUAAAGUAAUGGAGAACAGCAGGAGCCGAAUGAGGUGUGACGUGCCGUUUCACCUACCAAACGACAUCCAGGUAAUCUGGAGGUUUGCAGAAGAGGUGAGAACGCAGCGAGUGGAUCAGUUUAAGGAAGUGACUGUAGGGGUGGACAGGCUUUAUUCCAUCCCGUCUACAAAGUUGCAUCAUCAAGGCAGCUACCUGUGUGAGAUCUACUCAGGCCGGCGCUCCAUAGUGAGACUGUACUUCUAUAUCGCAGUGACCCCCCAGGUUGUGGCAGGCCAUACAGAGCUGCAGGAGAUAUUCGACCUGUCUCUUCUCCCAGGAGGCCGGUUACUCCCUGCGCCUGACGUUCCUCCUCCUCCCCACCACCACCUCCUCCCUUUGUCACCGCUCCACAUGGCCUGUUUAACUGCUCUGCUGCUGCUGCUGUUCCUCUCCCUCGGGUAA